CCUAGUCGUGCAUGCGAUAAAAACAGAUAGUGGGACGUGUUUUGUGCCGUGAACGCCAUGUAGGCUAUUCGGCGGAAAGGUGAGCACGUUUUCUAUAGGCCCUUAAUUUGCAUAGCUUGCUGGCAGUGUCGCUCUCUUCAACGGGAAAGCUAUUGUGUUCACACUGCAAAACACACUGCCAAAUUGUACUUGCAUGCAUAAACGAGGUCAUGUGUCACAUUAUGUUUGAAGACUGUGUGUCAUAUGACCUGCAACCUGUUGAUUUCAGCAACAAACAUAGCUGUGGGUUGACUGCGUUGCCCGACAGUAUUCCAAUGAUUCUUGUUAGACACAGCAUCACUGCGACCAUCGCCUGUUGAUAGUAGGGUAACCCAGCUUGCUGUGAAAUGAUAACAUUAUUCAGUCAUGUUAAAAAAGAAUCAAAGACUACUGUUCUAAAUCUGUCGUUCAUAUUUUGGUUGAUGCUGUCUGAAGUGCCGGUUGCUCGAGGUGUGUGGCCCUUGCCGCAGAAGAUGAGUCAGUUUGCGGAGCGGUACCCAUUAAAUCCCCAGGCCUUUGCUAUUCUGCACGAAAAUAAUUCGCAGGCGCAGCCGGGAUGCUCAGUUCUUGAUACAGCAUUCAAAAGAUACUUCUCACUCACAUUCCCCGGUUACAGUGGAGGGAAAGAGAGGAGUAGUGACUGUCUGGCAGAAAAUCCUUUCUCUGGAGCGUACACCUAUGCCCUGGUAGUAAGGGUAGAAGAGGAUGACUGUGAUGGCUACCCUAAUGCAGAGUCCGAAGAGAAAUACAACCUGCGAGUGUCUGCAGGGGGUGGGCUGUUGGUGGCCAAGACAGUGUGGGGAGCACUGAGAGGCUUGGAGUCAUUCAGUCAGCUGGUUUACCAAGAUGAACACAACAAUUACUUUAUCAAUAAGACGGAAAUCGAAGACUUCCCACGUUUCCUCCACAGAGGGAUUCUGCUGGACACAUCCCGGCACUUUUUACCUGUGCCAACCAUCCUUAAGACCUUGGAUGCCAUGUCAUACAGCAAGCUCAACGUGUUUCACUGGCACAUCGUGGACGACCCCUCCUUCCCCUAUCAGAGCCGAAGCUUUCCUCACCUCAGCAACCGAGGCGCUUUCCACCCCAGUACCCAUGUGUACAGCCAGACAGACGUGAGGAGGGUCAUCGCUCAUGCCCGGCUGCGUGGUAUCAGAGUCCUGCCUGAAUUUGACACGCCCGGCCACACCCAAUCCUGGGGAAAAGGCCAGCCUAACCUGCUGACACCCUGUUACCAUGGCGGCAAGCCUGACGGGAGGUUGGGCCCAGUCAACCCGGCUGCCGGCACCAGCUACCAGUUCAUGACCCGCUUCCUGAGGGAGAUUCACAGCGUCUUCCCGGAUUCAUACGUUCAUCUUGGAGGGGAUGAGGUGGACUUCAGCUGUUGGAAAUCCAAUCCAGAUGUACAAAUGUUCAUGAGCAAAAUGGGGUUUGGAAGUGACUUCACGAAAUUGGAAGCAUUCUAUAUGGAACGCCUCAUUAACAUCAUCGCUUCUCUGAACAAGACAUCCAUUGUCUGGCAGGAGGUGUUUGACUACCAUGAGAAGCCCAAGUCCCUGUCAGUGGUGGAGGUGUGGAGGGGGGGGUGCUACCUGUGUGAGGUGCGGAAGGUGACCCAAGCGGGCCUUCGGGCCAUCCUGGCCUCGCCAUGGUACCUGGACCAGCCCGGCCCGACCCACGACUGGUCCCGAUACUACAACGUGCGCCCGCUCGCCUUCAUGGGCUCUGUGCAGCAGAAGCAGCUUGUGAUUGGUGGGGAGAUAUGCCUGUGGGGGGAGUACGUGGACGCCACAAACUUGGCACCUAUGCUGUGGCCGAGGGCAAGCGCAGCAGCAGAGAGACUCUGGAGCGAUGAGGAGCAGACCUGCACCGUGUCCGAAGCCUUCCCACGCCUGGCCAAAUUUCGCUGCAGUCUACUGAGGCGUGGGGUCCAGGCAGGCCCUCUGUCAGUGGGCCACUGCCAGCAGGAGUACCAGGAGCUAUAAAGGCGAAAUGAGGAAAGGGCUAAAGAUGGGUCCGUGCGGGACAACAACAGAAUGAGCCUAUUCAUACAAAUCUGUAUGAUUCAAUAUGACUACUUUGGAUGGGUUUUCCUCAAGUCCAAUGGCAGUAUGGAUAUCAUGUGGCCAGGUGAAACCUCUUUACCUCCUCUAUUGGUCGCAGAGCCUUCGCCUGCCUAAAGAUGGUUGCUGCCAUGCAUCACCCCUCUGGGGUUUUUGAGUGUGGUUCCCCAGAUUUCACAAAGGGCUGUGCAGGCCUUGCA